AUGAAAUCUCAAGUUUUGUACUUGAGAGUAUUGGUGGGUGUUGACCAUAAUGUUGUCAAAGUUUUAAAGGGCUAUUCUGGGGUGCUUGGAACUUUGAAUCCUGAAAUGGUGGAGAGUAAUUUGAAGCUGCUGAGAAACUAUGGCAUUCCCAAUGAACAUAUUUCAACGAUUGAUGAGAAACUGGGAGUGUUCCGGAGCUUUGGCUGGUCAGACUUGGAGAUAUUUGGAAUUGUCAGGAAGCUACCAAUGUUUCUAACACAGACUGCUACUAGAAUACGGAUAGUUGUUGAUUUUUUUAUGAACGAGCUUGGAUAUAGUCCACACUAUCUGGCUUCCCACCCGGUUUUUCUUACAUUAAGUUUCGAUAAGAGGGUGAAGCCACGGGUUGAAGUUGUUAGAACUCUAACUAAGAAGAAUUUGAACAGGAGGAAAGCAGGUUUGUUUUCUGUUUUGAGCAUGUCAGAGUCGAUGUUUCUGAAGAAUUAUAUUCUUCCUUACAAGGAUGUACUGCCAGUGCCAGACAUGUAUAAUGCUUAUCUGAGUAAAGCUGAAAUACCAAAGAUCAAGGAAUGA